UGUCAAAGAUUGACAUUUAAUGUUACCAUAACUGGACCGUACCAGUGUCAGUCUCAGAACUACUACUACUGUCUGCAGUAGAGGCGACCAGUAGUUCUAAAAAAUUUCAGAAAAAACAGACAUUUGUACAAUUUUAGAACAGUUUUAUUGCACAAUCAAUUCAAUGUCUCAUACAAAAAGACAGUCAGUUACAAAUAAUAAUUGCCCUUUAAAAAAAGUAAUAUUUUCCUAAAAUUCACGUCAGAUUCAGGUAGCAUAAUAUUUAAUUAUGUGGCAGAGAAGGAUGGGAUAGGCUGGAAUAUGAGACCCCUCCUCCUGGUUUCUUAGGGACAUUAAGCAGGUCCCCUAUAAGUGAGUCCCUCCUCUCCUCCUUGAAGCUUUAGGACUGCUGCCUCCUACGAUCGUGUUGGGAAACCUUUAGGUAGGUUACCAGUUGUUUUGCUGUGGGUAAACCUCUAUAACAAAAAAUGUUAGAAGGCAGUCUUACCUCAAAUGUUUUGAUAGUACUGGAUUAUUAUUAAUGAUAUGUUUUUAACCACUCUCUCUCUCUUUUAAUUAACAAGCAUGACUCAAAGUCUUUGGAGCAAAGGCACGUGCUCUUCCAGCAGUAUUUGCCUUGACAACUGCCCUGCGGAGCAUCUACCCCCUUUUGUUGUUCCAUCAAUUUCAGAUGCAUCAAAUGUUUCCCUAGCAUCCUACAAAGACAGAGAGAGCAUGAAAAUGCUGCCAGAUGGGCAAAUUUAUAGCAGUGGAGAUACUGCUUCAGGUUUGUUGUGUUUCAACCAAACAAACCUCAAUUCAUCCAGAGAAAGCAAUGAUGGGCAUUUAUCCAUGAGAAGAUACACAUCUCCUGCUCCUUAUGCUUACCAUGACUGGAAUCUAAACACUGGCCAUCAAGCAAAGAGAGCCAGAGUAGAGAACAUCAUUAAAGGUAUGACAUGCACAGAUGUGACAACAAAGCAGCACAAGGAGAGUGAUUACAUGCAAGAAGAUGAAGCCAAUCAAGAAGUGGCAGUAAAUCGGAAGUACUUGGAAAGAAGUGGAUUUGAAAGCACAGGUCAAAAUCAAGGGACAAGAAAGCAGCUUGAGAGACAGCAUCAGCAUCUCAGACAGCUUAGAACAAAGUUUGGUGAUGCAGACGGAGGAAGUGAUAGCACAAACAGUAAGGAAGGGAAAUACCCCAGCGGGAGCGACUCUUCUGAAACUUCUCCUGGUGACGAAUUUACAGAUUCAUGCAAUGAGUAUGAAGGCAGUUUGGACAGAAAGUAUCAAGGAUGGAAAAAGGUGAAGCUGUUGAACUACUUCCAGUCCAAACCAGAGCGAAUAAAGCUGAUGGCAGAUGUGUUAAAGUGUGAACUUUCCAGAGCUGUAAGUAGGAGCAUUGACUCCAUUUUCAAAAGCAUGCCACUUUUACAGACAUCAACACAUGACGCAAAGCAUUCAGUGACUACUGCACCUCUUCAGUUGUCUGAGUCUAUAGAGAACAAAUUAAGAUUUUCUUGUUGUGGGACUGCAGACAUGGUCAUCCCAGAUGUCCAAACAGAAGCUCUGUCACUGGUUGUACAAAAGCCUGAACUGGAAAGACCCGGGCCAGCACCUAACCAUCAUCCAAAAUCUCCAAUCCCCUUCAGUCAUGUCUCAGCUCUGCAUGAAGAUCAAACACCAGAGAGGAAUCCCGGUGCCGAUUAUCAACAUGCUCUCAGAUGCUUGCAGGAUGGAUGCUCUGAAGGUGGUCAAACAAAAUUUGACUGGAAUUCAACCAAAGUAAAAUCAAAAGUCAGCUCCAGAUCUGUGAGGAGCCCACACACCCCCACCGUGUCGAUGGAUCCAAUGCUUUUGGAAAGUCUGUGUCUCCCUCAUGUGAAGAUCGAGUCUGACAGCAUGGUGAAAAGUAACCUGUACAUGCUGAAUGAAGGUCUGACAACAAACCACCUGAAGAAAGCAAAGCUUAUGUUUUUUUACACUCGCUACCCGAGCUCACUGGUACUGAGGAUGUGUUUUCAUGAUGUGCAGUUCACGCGGUGCAUCACCUCGCAGCUCAUCAAGUGGUUCAGUAACUUCAGAGAGUUUUACUACAUCCAGAUGGAGAAGUUUGCUCGAAGCGCUCUCAUGGAGGGACUGGUUGAUGUGAGGGAUCUGACUGUGGGCAGAGAAUCAGAACUUUUCAGAGCUCUCAACAUGCACUACAACAAAGCCAACGAUUACCAGGUCCCUGAAAGAUUUCUUGAAGUGGCUGAGAUUACACUCAGAGAGUUUUACAUCGCCAUUUCAACUGGAAAAGAUCGGGAUCCAUCCUGGAAGAAAGGAAUCUACAAGGUGAUCUGUAAACUGGACAGUGAUGUACCAGCUGAAUUUAAACUACACCACUCUGCUUAAAAAAAACAAAACCAGAAGACAUCUUGUGCCACAGCAGUUUAUCACAACGUGGACUUACUGAUUUCUUGAUGUGGUGUUUGAAAUGUAAAAGCGUGUUGUGAGAUUUGUCAUCAGGUAAAUAAUCCUUACGCCUGAUCAUCUCGAAGCUGUUAGAUCCAUCAACAACUGUUAACUGUUGGAUGUAGUUUUUGCAGUAUGAAAUAGUAAUUUUCAUGAUUUUUAGUAGUCUUUGAGUCACAGAGAACACAUUUAGUUUUAAAGAAGCAUUUCUUUAUAACCACCAAAAAAAUUAAGUCCACACCAUAGGAGAAAAAUAUUUAAUAUUUAAGAACAUAGACAUUUAAAGUAUAAACAGGAUGUACAUAACGUUAAACAAAUGACUGUCAAUAAGCUUGUGCUGUUCU